AAGAGCAACGACAAACGAUCAAACGACGUACUGUGUUCUCCUAUUAGUUAGACGACGUUUCCACAUCUUUCAUCACAUUUCCGCAAUUGAGCACAUUCGCAAAUUGCAUUACCUUUAACUGGAAGAAUAAAAUCCGAAGUUGGUGCCCACUUUUAACAAUGUUUUCAGCAGUAAUCUUGACGACGGCGAUUGCGCUCAAUGGCGUCUCUGCCUUUGCCCCGACGUCGGUGCAUUCGCAAUCUCGUGGCACUUUGUCCCUGAAAAUGUCUGAUGGAUAUCACAUCGAUKUCGACGAACGGUCCCAACGCAAUAUAGCUCCCUUUGAUGAAUGGGCAACGAGUUGCGGUGUACAGCGAUCGGAGGGAUUUCGUCUUGCCCCCACCAACCCCGACGACCAGUACAACCAGGAUGAUUUUUCCGCCAUGACGGAUGUUGAUCUUCCCGCCGGACAACCCAUUCUAGGCAUCCCAGUUGACAUGAUUCUGACCUCUACCAACGCCAAAUUGGAGUUGGAUUCAAUCAGUGAUUCUGUCGGAGACGGCGGAGUCCAAUCUGCCGUUGACUUGUUGGCUCGGUUGGGUGCCGGUGACACGAUUCCAAAGUUUUAUUUGUUUUUGAAAGUGCUCUUGGAAUAUUCACGGGGAACUGAUUCUCCAUACUACCCCUGGCUAGACAGCAUGCCACGUCUAUAUUACAAUUCUGUUUCCAUGACAGACUUUUGYUACGAGUGCUUGCCGCCUCUCGUCUUCAGUUUGUCUCGAAGAGAACGGGUCAAGUUCGAUAACUUCUACGAUGCACUUCAGAAAAUUGAUUCCAGCAUCUUUCCCGACGAAAUCAAACAAGACAAACAAAGUCUCCUCAAAUGGGCCUUCAAUGUGGUACACACUCGAUGUUUUACAGGUACCCAAAACGGAAAUAGUGGCAACGAAAUGGGAAUCGGCGAGGGCGGAAAAAAUGGGGAGGAACAGAAAAUUAUUCCCAUGGCCGAUUUCGUACGUUACACCAUUGUCGAUUCUUGUCAUAGUUGUUUUACAUCUAUUUGAYCUUGUCGUUGCAGGGAACCUUUGAUUUUUUCGUCACAGAUCAUGCAAAUUGWUUUCAUUUGUUUUUAAAAAUCCGGUUGUAUUCAUAUCUAUUUGGUCAAUUCAACUGUCUCGGCUGAAUGUUUCRAUCCCCUUUUCCGUUUAUGCACAAUCUGAUACAAAAUGAACCACUUUGAUUGAUUCUAUAUUUUUUCGCUUUCUUUGACUUCAUGCAGUUGAACCACGCAACAGAGCCCGUCGCCGAAAUAUCCUACGACGAAGAAGGAAACUGUAAUAUCUUCACAACUAGCGAUGURCCUGCAGGAUCCCAACUUACAAUUUCCUACGGUUGUCCGACAAAUCCAUCUGAAUUUUUUGCUACUUACGGAUUCCUGGACGAGACAAGUCCGGCAACCUUCUGCAAAAUCAUGAACAUUCAACCGACACCUGAACUUCGAACKAUCGGCCUCGAUUUUUCGCGAAUGCUCUUCUUCAGGGAAACCGGAGACAUCUCGGCAGAGGUUUGGGAUGUCUUGCUCUAUUCAAAAGUAUUGGCAAACGACAUAGGAACGAAGCAAGCCUUUUACGAUGCACACGUUAAUGGGGACGUCGACACCAAAAACGCAAUCCACGAACAGUACAUGGACCAAACAUCCACGGCAWUGCUGGAGCACGUCGAUACCUUUUUGGAACAACUCGAUGUCUUGUCCGCGAAAUCCGAGGGCAAAGACUGGAACGAACACCCUCGSUUGCCUUUGAUUCUAAGACACAACGAGUUYGUCAAAACAACGUUCGAAAACGUAAAAACACAGUUGGAUCCAAUGGUCGCACAGUACCAAUACCAAGAAGCAUAAACUACAAUACGACGACGUAACUCCCUGGGUACAGCCGCUAAAGACAAACGAAAUGGAUCCUAACGCUAAAAAUAACAUAAAUAGUCGCAACCACACGAAUGACGAAAGUAUCCAAUACGAACGAUAAAGAAUCGUCAUGAUUACGAACAUUCCUCGGUGGCGUUCAGAAGUACAGACAUCUAUCGGAAUGCAGGGAGAUAAGUAAUUAGUUUGGUAAAUGCAUCAGAAUAUAUUGUUAUAUAGCAG